AUGGACAGCGUGGAUCGACGGUUACAAAACCUGUUCGUCGCACUCCGCGGUGGUCCCGGCGCGCAUCUCAUGUCCGAGCAGGUCUUGCGUCACUUGCUCGAAUGUGUGCAUGCAGCCAAUUGCGGUGAUUAUGGGGCUGCUGUCGAUCAAGCAAAUCUGUUGAUUCAGUCAGCCACUGGAUUCGAAUCUAUUCACAGCUUUGCACCAGGUUUGAAAAUUCUCAUGCAGUCGGCGAAACAAUUGUUUCCCAACCAACCGGUCGGGGCUGAUGCACUCGAAUCACCCUAUUCACUAUCAUGA